AUGCACGCUUCUCUAAACAUAGCUGAAACCGACUUUUUGGACCAAUACUGUGGAAAUGUAGGUAACUACACUACCAACAGCAAUUUCCAAAGAAACCUGAACAGUCUGCUGUCUUCCCUGAAUUCCAAUUCCCAAAUUGACUACGGAUUUUACAACCUAUCUGUUGGCCAAACUGGCCCUGACAAAGCAAAUGCAAUUGCAAUUUGCAGAGGAGAUAUUGGAGAAGAGGAAUGUCGAAGUUGUAUUAGAAAUUCUACGGGUAAGAUCUUACAGGUUUGUCCUAACCAGAAAGAGGCAUUUGGAAUUUCUGAAACCUGUAUUCUACGAUACUCCAACAAAUCCACAUUUGGUGUCAUGGAAGACUAUCCAGUGUCCAUCCUUGUGAACUCGAAAAACGCCACAGAUGUGAAUCAGUUCAAUCAGGCUCUUCAAACAUUAAUGAGUAGACUUCGAAGCACAGCUGCAUCAGGGAACUCUCUCCGGAAGUUUGCGACAGGAAAUGGAACUGCUGGAUUUGACACGAUAUUUGGACUUGUUCAAUGCACACCUGAUUUAUCUGAGGAGCAGUGUGAUGAUUGCCUCGCCGGGGCCAUUCGGGAGAUUGCAGCAUGUUGUGGUGGACAGAUUGUAGGAAAACAAGGAGCAAGAAUUACAACACCAAGCUGCAAUAUCAGGUAUGAAGUCUACCGUUUCUUUGGAGUUACACCUUCCAUACCCCAGGGCCCGACUCUGCCAUCGCCACAAGCACAACCAGUAGCUCCUCCUCCUCCUCCAGCAGAAGCCACAUCAGUUUUCGCUGGCAAGAAGAGCAACAAAGCCCGAACUAUCAUUCUCAUAACAGUUCCAACUGUCACGAUUACGUGGAGAAAUUGGAGGGAAGGCACAGCUUUGAAUGUUAUAGACCCUGCCUUGAGCAAGGGCUCAAGAACUGAAAUGAUGAGGUCCAUCCAUAUUGGGUUACUCUGCGUUCAGGAAAAUAUAGCUGAUAGACCAACUAUGGCUUCAAUUGUUCUAAUGCUAAGCAGCUAUUCUCUUACUAUGCCAACACCAUCUCAACCACCAUUUCUUACGAACAGCAACACAAAUCAAUCAAAUAUGUCAUCUUCAAUGGACUAUAAUUCAAGGGUGACUAAUUCCUCAGAGGCCCAAGCUGAAGUGCUCCCAUUUUCAGCAAAUGAGGCAUCAAUUACUUAG